AUGUAUCUACAGUGGUUUUUAGCUUCUGUGAUGAUUACUUCUACAAACGCAGUAACAAGAAUAUUAACGCCCGACCUCCAGGCCGUUAACUUUGCUAAAGAAAUACGAAAUAGAAAACUCAAUGGAAGCGUCAUUCGAGAAAUGGAAGUAGAUUCGGAGGUUUCUUGCCAGCUGCUAUGUGUGAAAGAGAAUGGCUGUCUGUCGUAUAACUUUGGACCUAACGAAAAUAAAAAAAGAUUCAGCUGUCAGCUGAGUAACUCUGAUCGAUUUGUUGGCUUGAAGAAUUUCACAGAAGACCGUGAAUUUCUCUACCGAGGAGUAAAGAGCAUCUGUGAGGUCGAAAGUUCUCCUUGUGGAGAAAAAGAAGUCUGCAUCCCCAACUAUCAAGACAGCGGUGCCAAUUGCAAAUGUCAAGAUGGUUAUGUUGGACAACCUUGUGGGCCAAUUCCAAAAAGCUGCUCCCAACUCCUUCAAGAUGGUUUCACAUCCAAUGGCGUGUACACAAUCAAUCCAGAUGGCGGUAAACCAAUACAAGUGUUGUGUGACAUGACCACGGAUGGUGGAGGUUGGACAGUUUUUCAGAGACGUUUAGACGGCUCUGUUGACUUCUAUCUUGGUUGGGAAUCCUACAAAAACGGGUUUGGAGAUCUGAACGGCGAGUUCUGGCUUGGAAAUGACAAUCUUCACCGUUUGACUGCCAUUGUUGAUGUCACCAUGCGAGCUGACUUGGAAGACUUUGAAGGAAACAUCAGAUACGCUGAGUACACGACUUUUAAGGUGGCAGACGAGGCAGAUAAGUACCAGCUUUUGAUUGGAGGGUACAGUGGCACGGCUGGUGACUCGAUGACCGCCGGCCAUCGCUUAAGUGGAAUGCGAUUUACGACCAUAGAUAAAGACAACGACCGAAGUGUAGAAAACUGUGCUAUAAAGUUUAAAGGAGGCUGGUGGUACAAGGCUUGCCAUAAUGCAAAUCUUAACGGGUUGUACCAUGGCGGACCAUACGAGUCUUAUGCAGAUGGAGUUUGCUGGAACGCAUUUAAAGGACUACAGUAUUCAUUAAAACGCACGGAGUUGAAGCUGAAGCCCAGGUUCCUAAAGAGAUGACAUUUCCAGUACUGCAUGAAUUAUCUUUCAGAUCUCAGCAACGUAUGUUAUUGAACAGUCUCAAAAUGCAACUUAAUUGGCAACACGACUUUUUUUGGUAUGACUGAUUGUGAUUGGCUGAGAACAGCUUAUUUUACCGCUUAUUUUUAUUUGCACAACAGUCCAAAUUAAUGUGCUCACAUUCAUAAUUUCCUCAGUGUUGCAAUGAGUAGUAAUAUAAUAGCAGUAGUAUAGUAGUAUUAGUAAUUGGGCCGAGUGGAGUACAAUUUAGGGAGUAAAUUACGAGCACGCUUACCCCCUGAAUUGUGCCACACGAGGUCUCAAUAUUAAUUAAUCGUAUCAAUAACAAAUUUGGCGAUUAUUAAGAACUUCUUUCGAGCGAGAAAUUCAGUAGAGUUUUCCAUAAGUCGAAAAAUGUGUGAGGAAUGCUAAGACGGCAGCCAUUAACGCUCACGUAAUUGACGUGCGAAUGGCGGAGGUAUUCAAUUACAGGCAGUCUAAACAAUUGCAGAAAGUUAUAAUUGGAUACCCACGUGAUCGCGCACCAAUUCCUUCACAAAUAGGCGCGCGGACAACCAAUCACUACCGAGAACCCCUUACAGAGUAUUCCUAAGGGAAAAGCCGUAGGAACGAGGUUUAAAAGGUUCGUGCAAUUUUUUAAAUAUCACUUGUAAUGUAAAUACUUCAUUGCACUCGUAUUCAUAUGAUUACUAUUAUUGAUAAAGGGAGUGGAAAAUACCUAUACGGAUACAGCAUGACAGCAGUAGGAAAAUGAAAACUACAUAAACAAUAACAGUUAUUCGUUUUUCUGAGGAAUUGAAAUCCGUAUAACUGCUCUCUUCCCUCGGAAUACGUCCCUUCAAUAAUACCCAAUUAUCAUUUGUACUCCUGCAUUGGAGAUCUUUGGAAAUGUAAUGUCUUGCCUCAAUGCUAUG